UCCUGGAGCUUCAGGUUCAGCUAGACUCGAGAAUCUCUCUUAUUUGGUAUCUGGACUGCUCAGCUAUACAACCCCUCUAAUAAGACGUAUUCGUUCACUGCGUUCAACAAACCCGUUUACUGGUUUUCUCUCGUUCCGAACUUGACUUCUCUUCAAAAUGGACACCCGCGUCAUUGUUGAACAAAUCCAAAGAAUGAGACCGUCCUCUUUCUCAGAGGAAGAGCGACACCGCUACAAAGCAGAAAAAAUGAUGCUGAGGCAGUUUCUGCUCAUGAAGCAGCAGGAUCAACUUCCUGAUUAUUUAUCAGUCGGAGACAUGAAGUCCUGGCUGCUGACAGGAAGAAGCUUCCUGGAGGAGUUUCAGGAAAUAAUUGACAGGAGAGAGAUUGAUCAUGUGUUCAUAGCUGAAGUGGCCUGGACCACGGCGAGACUCUUCUGUCUUGGUCAGAUGGAAGAAGAGCUCCUGGAAGAGCUGGACAAAGAACGGUGUCUUUCCCAGCUGUUCAGCAGGAAGGUCACACUGGAGGGCCUUCAGAUGCUUGUCUCAGUCGUCCACCCGAAAGCAGAAAAGGAUGCGCAAACCUGCCUUUCAGCCCUGCACAGCAAGCUGCUUGACAUCUUUGGUGGCAUUCAGAUCGCCAGCGGCCCGCUCUAUACAGGGGACGCCAAACCAGCAGAGCUCUUGGAGCUGGAACAGAGUGCUGCGGCGCUGUUACCAGAGGUGGUGGACACUGCUCUUAAGUUUCUCCUGGAAGAACCAGAGCGGGAAAACAAGAAUGAAGCCGCCAGUGCUGCGAUUGGCAAACUGCUGACUAACUCAGCAUUUCCCUGCCUCUCUCGGCUUGGAAGGGUUUCUGAAACCCUUCUGCUCCGUGUCUGCACCGAAGAAGCUCAAUCCAUGGUCGAAGUCAUCUCUAACAGGUUCGACAGGUGCUCCAAGUCCUUCAAGCUGAUGGACUAUGAUGAAAGCUAUUACAGUGCUACAGAGGGCGUCAUCUCUGCCAUUCAGGAUAUGGACCGUGAAAUGCAGACUGAUGCAUCCAUCCAGGCUCACUUUCAGCUGGAAGAGGGACCUGUGGAGGAGAGGGAGGCUUCUCCAUGGGUUGCUCUGGAUAAAGAGGUAGACUUUAUACCAAAAGAUGUUACAGAGGACACGUACAGAAAAGAGGCAACCCUGGUUCAGGACUCUGUCGUCCAGAGUAUGGCCAAUGACGAGCAGAUGGAUGCAUCCAGCCAGGCUCAACUUCGACUGGAAGAUGGACACCUGGAGAAGAGGGAGGCUUCUCUGGACGUCUCUCCUUUGGAGGAGCUGGAAGGGGGACUCGUGGAUGAGAGGGAGGCUUCUCCACGCAUCGAUCUGGAUGAAGAGGUUGACACUUUCCCAAAUGAUGCGACAGAGGACACAUACAAUAAAGAGCACAACCUUGUACUGCAGCAGGAGGAAGUGGAAGUAUAUGAGACACAGGACUUCCUGGUUCAGGACUGUGAUAAGAAGAAGAAGAAGAAGAGAGUGCGUGCCUUUUUCUGUGGUUUCCGGAAGAUGAUGACAUGUUGCUUUUGUUUCCACUAAGCAAUAAAUCACAGCACUCCCUCUGCAAUAAUAUUGUUAAAUACAUUCAAUAAAACUAUUAAUUUUAAGUCA